CAUGUCAUGAACAUUUGUUUAGUCUAGAACAUUUUUUGAAGUAUGAUAUUCAAAUGAGGCGGAAAUAAGAGAACGGAUCUCCUGUUGUUUGUACCAUUGAAUUGAGUAGUUGAAUAAAUGUAGCUAACGAACGAUGGAAGAAUCGAAGAUGUGCCGCUCCUGUUAUUUUGCAUUUGCAUUCUGUUGUUUGAGACCUUGUUCUUUGAAAAGAUCGAACGAAUGCAGCUAUGUUCGACUGAUUUUGAUUGAUUUGAAUCCGGGUAAAAUGCGCUUUCAUUGUUUUCGCACUAGGCGAGAUGAAUGAAAACAAGGCCAAUUCAAUAGCUGCAAAGCACGUAACUACUUUACCUAAAGCAGUGGGCUUCGAACUGGCAAUUCAAUCUUUCUUCCCAUCGCCAUGGAGCUUAGUCCCGUCUUCGACUCUAUCCAGUCGACUUUUUUUCGAACCAGUACGGGGAAAAACCUUCAUUAUCAUGAAAGGUACGGGAACACAUAAGCAAGAACGGCGGGAAAGCGAUUAAGGCAAGGGGAAAAAAUUCCGUGGUUCGGGGAAGUGACCCUAGUAGUGUGUAGGUAAGGGAAUAAUAAAGCUUACCUGGAAAAAAGGCAAGGGUGUACAAAGCCAUAGUUCGGGGUUCUCGCCAUCGACUCGGUUGCUUUCCUUCUCAAUACCGGGGCAAGGGCUCCUUCUUUAGCUAUUAGCGCCCGUGGAGAUUGUUUGGUUUGGCCUUUACCGGGGCCUCCACUACAGUAUACUAUAUAGAUAGGCUAAAGCCCCUCUUUCACAGUCGUUUCACCCCGGAGAAACCGAAACAUAGCCCUUCUCAUUUACAUGAAAAGCUGUUUCACCCAAUUCGUACACGGCAACUAUUGCUUUCCUCGAAGUCAAUUCACCGACGCAAGCAACCUCAUCAACGGGAUCGCCCGACAACGAACUCUUUGUUCGGUCAGCGAGUGAGAGGAGGAGGGGGCCCCUUACGAGGGGAAGAAGGGACAUGGUUAUUAUUAUUACCCGCCGCACCAAUAAUACGGGAGAAGGGAAAUCAAGCAAGACCUGUGAAUCCUAAGAAAAGAGUUCUGAGGAAUGUGAGAUGCGUAGGGAUGAGAUAAGCGUUGGCUAAGAAUAUAUAAGGGAAGCGGAAACUGCCCACAGAAUCCUGGAAAAUGGGCUUUUGACCUGGCUAGCGCUAUUGCUUUGCAAGGUAAGGAAAUGUUCAACUCGUCUGCUUGAAAUCGAUAGAGUUGAGAAGCGUCUGCUAAUCAUGGUACGAGUUCUCUCUUUAGGUCAGUCUGAUGUUCAAGUAUCAAUGAAAGUCUUAUUUCAGCGAAUGCAGUAAGGCUAACAGCUGGCUCUGGCUGAUUCGAUGCCAUCUAUGAAUCCUUCCCUCCCUCCAUCUGCAGCCUUUAUUGCCUUUAUUCUGUGUCUUUUCUCAUUCAAAAUGCAACUUUGAAAUUGCGUAGGUGAUGGCAGAAAAUCCAUCCAGAAAUUACGUAAGGUGAUAGAAAGAAUCCUUCAGUAGGCUAAUCUUGACAGUUUUCAUUUUCGAUUGAGAAAGCGGCAGGCCCAAAGAGCACUACAGUAGCGCCUUGCGAGGUCGUAGAGCCGGUAACCCUCGUUCGCCUAAGAUCGAAAAUGCUCUGUCUUUGAGGAAAAAGAGAUAUAGAUAGUGUUCCAGGAUUUCAUUGUUUUGAGUCUUUACUUAACUCGACCGCCUUUCUACUCCCAUGCUUUUCUUUGGUCAACAACCAAGCACAUUUCACAAGAGUUCUUCACUACUCCUACAGGCUUGACGGAGUUCAGAGUUCAGUCUGUCUGGAGGGAAUUAUUUUGGAUCAAUCACUAUGUUUAACAACGUUCGACGCAUCUCUUUAUUUGAUGAGAAGAGUCUUAACUCAACUUCGAGUGAUACAGCUUCUAUGUGGAAUGAUUUUCCAUCGGUCCCUUCUGACCUGCCACCCUUACCAGCCGACUCGGUUCCAUCUGUCCCCUCAUUACCUUCCAUAGCAAGUGAUGUUGAGGUGGAGCAGCCGGCUCCUUCUAAUUAUAAUUACGAGACUCAUGGUAUUGAUGAGGAUCAUCCGGGUCCGGACAGUGAACGUAUAGUAGAGCUUCAAUCUGAUAUACACGAUAAAUUGGGAGAGUUGAUGACUAACAAGAGUGACCAAGACGUUCUGAGUGCGGCCGAAGCUUUACAUGGCGAAAGCAACAAUAUCCCUUUUCUGGAGCACCUGUUAGAUGAUUUGAACAAAAACGGAAUAGAAGGUGAAGCCUAUAAGGAUGCCCUGGAUCUAUCGGGUAUAUUACCCAAUAAAGCAGCUUUUUGUGAUGCAGCGGAGCCAUGGCAAUUAGGAUUUCAAGACGCAGCAAGUCCUAUGAUGCAAGGAAUAAUCGAUUUACAUCACGAUAUCUUUUUCUUCCUCAUUCUGAUUUUGGUUUUCGUAUCACGGAUCUUGGUUCGCGCUUUAUGGCAUUUCCACUAUCAAAAAAACCCAAUCCCGCAAAGGAUUGUUCAUGGAACUACUAUCGAGAUUCUUCGGACCAUAUUUCCUAGUAUCAUCCCGAUGUUCAUUGCUAUACCAUCAUUUGCUCUGUUAUACUCAAUGGACGAGGUAGUAGUAGAUCCAGCCAUUACUAUCAAAGCUAUUGGACAUCAAUGGUAUCGGACUUAUGAGUAUUCAGACUAUAACAGUUCCGAUGAACAGUCACUCACUUUUGACAGUUAUACGAUUCCAGAAGAUGAUCUAGAAUUGGGUCAAUCACGUUUAUUAGAAGUGGACAAUAGAGUGGUUGUACCAGCCAAAACUCAUCUACGUAUUAUUGUAACACCUGCUGAUGUACCUCAUAGUUGGGCUGUACCUUCCUUAGGUGUCAAAUGUGAUGCUGUACCUGGUCGUUUAAAUCAGAUCUCUAUUUCGGUACAACGAGAAGGGGUUUACUAUGGUCAGUGCAGUGAGAUUUGUGGAACUAAUCAUGCCUUUACGCCUAUCGUCGUAGAAGCUGUUCCUAGUAAAGAUUAUGGUUCUCGGGUAUCCAAAUUUCCUAGUAUCAUCCCGAUGUUCAUUGCUAUACCAUCAUUAGCUCUGUUAUACUCCAUGGGCGGGGCCCUCUCGCCAUUGAGUGCUUUGUGUGCGUCCUCCCCCUCCGUAAAUGGGUCGUCCAGUACCGGCUGGACGUCGUUACUGGGGAGCACCUCGCAGGAACCGUCGGGCGUCUCUUCGCCCUCGGGCGUGUGGACGCAUUUUGAGCAUGCUGCGAACUCCCCCGGGAGUAGCACAUCAGUAACGCCUAUCCCAGCAGAACAAGCAGUGCCUCCCGCUAAUCCUGUAGCUUCCGGGGAAGCGGAAGCCGGUCCAUCUCAUGUGGCCCACUUUCCGUAUAACGAGGCGGAGGUCAUUGGGGGGGACUCGGUUCUGUCGAUCCGGACGCGGCUUUUGGAGGAAAAUCCCUUUGCCUCCGCAGAAGAACUCCGUAUUGCUCAUCUUGAUGCCGAAGACCUGUUUGAGGUCAAAGCAGAUAUCGCCAUGGAAAUGUCUGCUCAUGAUCCAACUGGUGAUUGGUUGAACCGGGGGGCGUGGGCCCUCGGCAACCCGCGGACAAAAACUGGGGAAGAUUCUUUGGAGAAUCUCCUCAUUAUACGCGACAAACUUCGCCAACGGGACUGGGAAACCAUCAGGAAUUUGCAAGAAAGGAUGCUUUUCAGGAGGGGCUAAAAUAAAAAAUAUAUAUUAUAGAGUCAGUAGAAAACGCGAAAUUUCCCCUCAUUAGAAAGGGGGGAGGGGUCCCGAGAUCCUGGGCAGCGGGGUCUUCCCAUCAUGAUCGACUAAAGGGAAAGUCAGAGAUAUUGGUUCGAGUCAA